GAGAGGAGGAGGGGGCGGCGCCUGGUGGCCCCAGGGAGUGCAGGCUCUCGACCUUGCGACACAAAGAGCGUGGGAGCUUUGGGGCCUGCGUAGUGCCUUUCACCCGCGUCCGUGCGACCUGCGCGCGCUGGCGGGGACGGUAGGCCCCCAACUCUAGCUGUCCAGCCUGCUAUGGGAUGGACAAAGAAGAAGAGAACCACUAUGUUUCACAGCUCAGGGAAAUCUACAGCAGCUGUGACACCACAGGAACAGGCUUUCUGGACCGGGAAGAGCUGACCCAACUCUGUCUUAAGCUUCAUCUGGAAAAGCAGCUUCCCAUUCUUCUGCAAACACUUCUCGGAAAUGAUAACUUUGCCAGGGUUAACUUUGAGGAUUUUAAGGAAGGUUUUGUGGCAGUGUUAUCAUCAAAUGCUGGUGUUCACUCCUCAGAUGAAGACAGUAGUUCUUUGGAAUCAGCUGCCUCCUAUGCUGUUCCACCAAAGUAUGUGAGAGGCUCUAAGUGGUAUGGCCGUAGGACCCUACCUGAGCCAUGCAACUCUGCAACCAGAACCAAAUUUUUACCAGAACAGCAAGCCAAGGCCACAGUAAGAAGCCAGAUCCGACGCUCUGCAUCUCUGGAAAGUGUGGAGAGUCUUAAGUCAGAUGAAGAAGCUGAAAGUGCUAAAGAACCUCAGAAUCAGUUGUUUGAAGCAAAAGGCCAGCUGCCAACCUGGGGUUCCAGGGUCUUUGGAAGCACUCAGAAGUCCCACAGCUCUCCCUUUGAUACUCCUGAGAGCCAGGUCCAGGACAUCUGGGAAAAGCUGGGUGUUGGCAGCAGUGGUCACCUCAACAAGCAAGAGCUGGCUCUGGUCUGCCAGAGCAUUGGGCUCCAGGGACUCAAGAAAGAGGAACUAGAGGACCUGUUUAACAAAUUGGAUCAAGACCGAGAUGGCAGAGUGAGUCUUGAGGAAUUCCAGCUUAACCUGUUUAAUCAUGGGACCACUUCACUUCUGGAAUCUUCCACUCCUGUCAGACUGAGCAGGUCCUGGUCUGAUUACCAGGUCCUGAAGGAGGGUGGCUGCCACACCAGCACAACAUCAUCUCUCCUGUCCUUGUGCUCAGGCCCGCGCCUCUUCUGCAGCAUUGACAAUGGCACCGGCUUUGCCUUUCCCGAGCAGCUCAUUGCCCUGUGGGCCCAGGAGGGGAUUCAGAAUGGCAGAGAGGUCCUGCAGAGUCUUGACUUCAGUGUGGAUGAGAAGGUGAAUCUUUUGGAGCUGAGCUGGGCCCUCGAGAAUGAGCUCAUGAUGAUCCGUGGUGCCACUCAGCAGGCGGCUUUGUCCUGCUACCGCCAGGAGCUGAGAUUCUGCCAGGGUCAAGUAGAGCAGAUGAUGAGGGAGCGAGACAAGGCAAGGCAAGAUCUAGAGAAAGCCGAGAAGAGGAACCUGGAGUUUGUGAAAGAGAUGGACGACUGCCACUCUGCCCUGGAGCAGCUUACAGAGAAGAAGAUCAAACACCUGGAGCAGGAAUACAGAGAAAGGCUGAGUCUCCUGCGGUCUGAGGUAGAGAUAGAGCAUGAGCUAUUCUGGGAACAGGCCUGCAGGCAGAGGGCCACGCUGGAGAAGGAUCUGGAGCACCUGCAGGCUGAGGAGGCCAGCCUCCAAGAGAAGCUGACCCUGGCCCUGAAGGAAAACAGUCGAUUACAGAAGGAGAUCAUUGAAGUUGUGGAAAAACUUUCGAAAUCAGAGAAGCUGGUCCUGAAACUGCAGAACGAUCUGGAGUUUGUGGUGAAAGACAAGCUGGAGCCACAGAGCACAGAACUCUUGGCCCAGGAGGAGCAGUUCAAGGAGGUCCUGAAGGAGUACGAGCUCAAGUGCAGGGACCUGCAGGACCGCAACGAUGAGCUGCAGGCUGCCAUGGAGGGUCUGCAGGCACAGUUGCCCCAGAGUUGGCAUGGCCAGCCCCACGCACCGCCAAAUGGAUGGCUGCUCUCUAGACGUGGCCAAGCAGGCAUCAUCCCCAACCUGGGUGAUUCCACUCCAGUGAGUAUAGAAAUGGAGAUAAUGAUGGAGCAGGUGAAGGAACAUUACCAAGACCUCAAGAUUCAGCUGGAGACCAAGGUAAAUUACUAUGAAAGAGAAAUUGAGAUGAUGAAAAAGGACUUUGCAAAGAAGAGAAAGGAAAUGGAGCAGGCUUUCAAGCUUGAGGUUGGUGUGCUGGAGGAUCAGAAAGCCAACCUGGAGACACUCCACGUGAAAUCUCAGGAGGUCAUUCGAGGCCUGCAAGACCAACUCCAGAGUGCAACCCAUGGCCCUGAGCUGGAGAGGAAGUUCGAGCUGGAGAGGGUGGAGAUGGAGCAGUGCUACCCUCAGGUGCUGCCUGGCCUGGCUCAGUGGCUGGCCCACGAGGAGGACCAGCUAGAAGAGGAGCUGCACCAGAGAAUUGAGUUGGAUUGGCUUUCUGAAGAAAACACAGUGUUGAAAAAUGAGCUGGGGAGGUUCCAACAAGAGCUCGAAUUUACGCAAAGGACAAAUGAUGCACAGAGGAAGGAAAUUGAGGUUUUAAAGAGAGACAAGGAAAAGGCCUGCUCCAAAUUGGAAGAGCUCAACACACAGAGUCAGAAAUGUAAGGAUGCGUUGUUUCAGCUCAACCACAGGGCCCUUCAGCUGGGAGAGGAGGCCUCUACCCAGCAGGCCCAAACUGAGAAAAACUGCAUCACAAUUCAACUGUUAACACAGAGCCUAGAGGAGGCUGGACAGCAGGGCGAGUUGCAGGAAGAACAUAAAAAACAGCUUAAAGACAUAGAAGAGUGGGUAGAAAAAUUGGAAAUGAUUUCGAAGAACAUGGAAAUACUCCUACAAGAAAAAGUGGCUGAGCUGGGACAGCAGUUUGAAAAGAACACAAAAUCUGAUUUGCUGCUCAAGGAGCUCUAUGUGGAAAAUGCUCACCUGAUGAAAGCACUUCAGAUCACUGAAGAAAAGCAACGAGGAGCUGAGAAAAAGAACCGAAUCUUGGAAGAAAAAGUUAGCUUUCUCAACAAACUAAUCAGUAAGAUGACUUCAGCAUCCUUCUCUGUAUAACCGAUUGUUUUUGUGGAAUUCAUUUUGAAAGAGCAUCUUUU